AUGGCAGAAACACUCAGCUGUGGAAAGGACAAAGGCUCUAGUUUCUUUGUCAUUGCGUUACAGUCUACAGCCUGUCUUUUCUGUCCCGCAGUGUGUGCAGAGGCCUUCAACCCGGACGAGGACGACGAAGAAAAGGAACAGAGGAUAACCCACCCCAAAACAGACGAACAGAGGCAGAGGUUACAGGAGGCAUGCAAAGACAUCCUGCUGUUCAAAAACCUAGAUCCGGAACAGAUGUCCCAAGUGCUAGACGCAAUGUUUGAGAAAAUAGUGGAAGUUGGGGAACAUAUCAUCGAUCAAGACGACGACGGGGAUAACUUUUAUGUCAUCGAAAGAGGGACGUUUGACAUCGUAGUGCGGGUGGAAGGUGCUGAUCGGACUGUGGGCUCCUAUGACAACCGUGGCAGUUUUGGGGAGCUGGCUCUGAUGUACAACACCCCGAGGGCGGCCACCAUCACCGCCACCUCGCUCGGAGCUUUGUGGUGCAUGGAUCGGUUAACAUUCAGAAGGAUCAUUGUGAAGAACAAUGCCAAGAAGAGGAGAUUAUAUGAAGCCUUCAUUGAGACUCUCCCAUUUCUCACGUCUCUGGAGGUUUCAGAGAGGAUGAAGGUGGUGGAUGUAUUGUCCUCUAAAGGCUUCAGUACUGGAGAGCGGAUCAUUGCUCAGGGUGAUAUGGCUGAUAGUUUCUAUAUUGUGGAAUCUGGUCGCGUCAGAAUCACAAUGAAGCACACUAGGACAAAAAAGGAUGCUGAAGAAGAAGAAGUGGACAUCGCCACGUGCUUAAGGGGACAGUAUUUUGGAGAGUUAGCUCUAGUCACCAACAAGCCACGAGCAGCUUCUGCAUAUGCCAUGGAGAACGUCAAAUGCUUAGUGAUGGAUGUCCAAGCGUUUGAGAGAUUGCUGGGCCCUUGUAUGGAUAUCAUGAAAAGAAAUAUUGCAAACUACGAGGAGCAGCUGGUAACCCUGUUUGGAAGUAACACAGAAAUUGCGGAUCAAAAUGCAUGAGAGUCUGAAAGGAAAUGAACCAAGACGGAGAAACAGAAGGUCGUGGGGUGGGUGAAGGCUUUUGCCAUAGUGUGGGUGCCAGGUGUCUUGUAAUUUGCUCUUACUCCUGCAAAUAUUGUUUUACAUUCACACAAUGUGAAACAGUGUACAUCAAAGAUAGCGAUUUAAAAGUGAUAAGCUCAAAAUGUAUGUGUACUUCCAGAAAACAGGAAUUUUUCUCACAUGGCAGUGUUCAUUUUGACAUUCUGGGCAUAACCACCAUGCUAGUAUGACAAUGUACCACUCACGUUUUCACCUCUUGUUCACAGUUCACGCUACGUUACUUUCAUGAGACAUCACAUAGACACGACUAUGUUACUGUUAACUGAUGACACUUGUUAAUAUAAGGGCAGUUCUGUAUUUCAGAACCGUAGGUGUUACUCAUUCUCAUUAAAUAUAUAUAUAUAUUUUUUCUUUUCUUCUGUUCCGAACUCAUGUGCCAAAGGUUGUGAAUUCUGUGAAACGCUUGUUGUUUUAUGUGAUCUUCAUGCUUCAACAUUUGCCUGCCAAGCUUUUUGCACUGGGGAUGAAUCUUCAUUGCAACAGUUUGUCUUUUUAAAGAUAUAAAUCUACAAAGGCCAUAUGGCUUACAUUUUUAUAUAACAUCCACAGAGCCGUGUAUGAAAAUGUGUUUUCUCUGUUUACAAAUGAGAUAUUAAUUUGGAGGAAAAAAUUGCAUUACCUGCAUUGCAUUUACACUGUGCUUUGGGGUUUAGGAAUCUCAAGCACUUCAAAUGCAGUUAGGUACAUAUUUUGUCUUCACCUUUCGAGCACAUGCCCAUUUUACUUUUAAUUGUUACUUAUGAAUUCCAACAUAUAUGAUCAAGAGUACUGCAAACUAAUAUCGCAUUAUGUGACAAGGAAAAGAUUUGAUAGUAACAAUGUUCCAAAGGUAAAAAAAACUAAACUGUAAAAGACAGUGUUGGAAAAUAUAAGUGAACAUGUUAAUAUUGCACUUGCGUCAUAAACAGGUACUUGUUGUGAUUGCACAUGAUCUCUAGUCGAUUUUUAUUUUUAAAAAUGUCAUAUGUUUGGCUCACCAUUGCCAGAUUAGCAUAGAUCACCAGUAUAGAGUCGUUCUUGUUGAUAGUUUGAUUUAAAAAUGUGAAAAUAUAAAGGGCAUAGCUUAGUGUUGUCAUCACCAGACCUUGUUAGGCUUUUGUUUUCUUUUUAUGUUUUAUGCAUCUCUUUAUUACCACACAUACAUUAUGACAGGACUCGAAACAUUUGAUAUGUUAAAAACAGCUCUCAGUGUUUGUCAGUACUUUUCUGCAGACAAACACGAGAUAUGACUAGCUAAUAUAGCUUAUCUCUGUCUCAUGUAAUAAUGAACAUAUCUGUCCAUAAAGAUUAAGUAUGUCCCUUUUGCCUUUGAGGUAUUAUUACCUUGCUUCUUAUUUGUAAUACUAUAGUGUUAAAUUUGAUUUAUACUGUGCUUUCAACUAGUACCGCUGCCCAUUGUCUUCGAUGUAUUAACUUAUGACGUUUCUGUAGCCAGUCUUAAAAAUGCAGUUGCAGUUGUAGUUGUAGCCAUUUCAUUCAAGGACAUUGCUAAGGUUAUUUAUUACCGUCUACCUCUACAUAAAUAACACACGACACCUUCACAUGUGGCUUUUGAAGGCAUACGGCCUCUUCAAAUAGCAGCUCACACUGAUAAACUGUUUCAUUAUAUUUAUGUACAGUCGUCAUGUCACCUUAGAAUUUAGCUUGUUAAUCUGCCACUGCAUUGAAACCCAACACUUAACUGACAUUUUUUAUUAUUAUUAUUAUUAUUUACUUGUUUUAAACCACCAUUUUCUGUCAGAAAUCUUGUUAUUACAAUGGAACUACUGUAGGUUUGUGUUGGCAGUGCUGUUUAAUUUAAUGUAAUGAAGCUCAAAGGUUACAGAGAUCUCUUAAUAAUGCCAGAGUGUAAUAUGUUGUCAGUUACAUUUAACUUUCCAUGAAAAUAAACUUGUUUUCUAUUGAAAAA